AAUGGGAAUACUCGAGGUCUUCCAGGUGACGAGGAAAGAUUACCUACGCUUAACAUUGGACCGAGAGAGAGGGGGUGGUCCACUAAUGGCACGCCCCUACUGCUGUCCAAUCACUCCGUGCCCUUUUCCAACACCCAGAAUGCCUAGCAACUUCAUCCGCGCAAAACUCUACCUACCACGCUCCUCGACAAUAUUCACUCGGCUUCAGCCCAACGCUCAUUGGAAGAAAGAGCCAAGUGAUGCCGUCCACCCCGGCCUGAAACUCGCAUCCAUCCGCCCACCUACCUGACUGACCUCUUCACCGAA